CUGCUUCUCUCGGCUGCAGUAUUUAGAAUGGUCGUGCUGAAUGACUGCAGAGACGCUCAGGGCUUUGAUGACUGCGAUUGGCUGAGGCUGGGGUUCCAGAAGACGAGUACGUGGGCGCUGAUUGGCUGGCGCUCUCUUUGUGCGCGCGGCGUCUCGGCAGCUGCGUUUUGAAUGGUCCUGCGUUUGAGAAGCCGAAGGCGUCCAUGGGCAAAAGGAGUCAGGAUGGUGUUAGUUCAUGUCGGAUAUCUGGUUCUUCCCGUGUUUGGUUCAGUAAGAAGCAGAGGUACUCAUUUCAGCAGGCACCAACACAGCCAUGCUACAUCCUGCCGACAUUUCCACCUGGCCACACCCCUUCCUACUGAGUUUCCGCCAACUGGCCUUGCGGCCCCGCAGUACCAGGAAGUCCCACCCACUUUCCUACCUCAGGCCUUACAGCAGCAAUACCUCAUACAGCAGCAGCUACUGCAGCGCAGACGCACACAAGAGCGUGUUCCUCUCAACACACACCGGUUACGCCCAGGAUAUGAUUAUUCCCCGCCCAUGCACAUUCCUCCGCCAAUCACACAACAGCCCAGAUACCUGGCAGAGGGCACAGACUGGGACCUGAGCGUGGAUGCUGGUUUGUCCCAUCAGUACUCACUGCAGCAGAUUCCACAGCCCUACCAGCACUACUUAGCCUCUCCCAGAAUGCACCACUUUCCCCGGAAUACUUCGUCUACGCAAGUGGUUGUCCAUGAGGUAAGGAAUUAUCCGUAUCCCCAGCUGCACCUACUGGCUUUGCAGAGUUUAAGCCCCAGCCGACAUGCUUCUGCUGUACGGGAGAGUUAUGAGGAGUUGCUUCAGCUGGAGGAUCGGUUGGGCAGCGUGAGCCGAGGAGCCAUCCAGACCACCAUUGAGAGGUUUACCUUCCCUCACAAGUACAAGAAGAGGAAGCCAUUGGAGAUGAAGCUGUGUGAUGAUGAGGAGGAGUCUGAUGUGGACGAGAAAUGCACCAUCUGUCUCUCCAUGCUGGAAGAUGGCGAGGAUGUCAGGCGAUUACCCUGCAUGCACCUCUUUCAUCAGGUGUGUGUGGAUCAGUGGUUGGCCACCAGCAGGAAGUGUCCCAUAUGCAGAGUGGACAUCCAGACACAGCUCACACCUGAGAGCUGAAACACACACAUGCUGACUCAGUUCCCAUUUAUGAAUUGAAGCACAUAGACACACAAACACAGCUCAGAAAUGAGCACAGGAACAUACACCUCAUGCCAACGGUUUCUACUCAUAAACACAAAACCCAUUUACACUCAUGCCAUGAAAUAUAGACAAAGCCUAAAUAUAGACAGACACACACAAACACACACAUAUGCUCUCUCUAGUGUACAUAGUGGCAUACACUACAUUCUCUGCCUAUAUACACAGGGUCAGUUAUGCAUUAUAUCUUAUGUGUACAACAGUCUCACACACACACACACACACACACACACACACACAUGAUCCAUCAAGUCAGUGACUAUCUCAUACAUACAUACACUUUACUGAGACAAUGAGACUCUAUUACUGUUCUCUCUCAUACACACACAGGUUUUACAGAGUAAUGUAAGAAUGAUAUUAAGAGUAAUCUGGUCUCUGUGUGUAUUAGUAGCAUCUCUGUGUGUGUGUGUGUGUUUGUGUAAUUCUAAAGCCAUGCCCCUAAUGAAAGUCUUUAUACAAGCUCUAGUCAGGGUCUGCAAGACUCAGAGCUUGCAGACAACACACACAUAUGCUUAACUGCUGCUUGAGAGCAGGUGUGUGCGCAUUUCUUUCAUGCUGCAGCUAUUUCAGUAGUGUGUAUGUGUGAGACAUGUGUGCAUACCUUGUGUGUGUGCUUCAAUGUGGAGGAUCAUAGAAAUUAGUUAGCUGUGCACUAACAUUCUUAUAGAAAAGCCAAAAUUACACACAAAAACAACAAAGAAAGAAAGCAAAAAAAAAAAAAAAAGAAACAUAACAGAAG